AUGGUCCUCUGUCUCGUCUCCUACUGCCCAACUGUCUCGGAGCGCCUGGGAGGCAACCAGCCCGACUCUUGGUACAAAGCCAACCACUGGGCGCGCACAACCGCCAUCGCCUGCUUUGUCCUCGUAGCACUCGUAGCCAUCGUCAACUGGACCCGUAGAUAUGUCGAGUAUCGGCCUCGGAAGACGACGGCUUUCCUACGUGGUUUGGGCUAUCGUCAUGUAGCCUUUAUCGACUUGUCAUUAGGCGUCGUCCUUACCCUCACCACUCUGUUCUUGGCUCUCCUUGUCUGGUGCUUGCAGAUGCAGCCAUACUACCGUAGGGGUGUCGAAUGGGGCAACUCUCCUCUUGGUAUUCGCGCCGGUUACAUUGCUCAGGGUUUGAUACCUUUUGUCUUUGUCAUGGGCAGCAGAAUCAACCCGCUUGCGUGGAUUGCGAGAGUGGAAGCCUCGAGAUGGAUGGUCUGGCAUCAAUAUGGUGCGCGAGUACUCUUGUUCUUCUCUCUGCUCCACACAUUCGUCUUGAUGUACGCUCCUUACCGACAAGGAGGCAUGGCCUGGGUCACUGCCUACUGGAACAAGUUGAACCUCUGGAAAAACUUUUUCAACGACAUGGGCUUGUUGAUCAACGGUACCGUCGCCCUCGUCGCCCUCGGCUGGAUCGUCUUUUCCAGCUUUGCCAAGCUGCGCAACUGGAACUAUGAGUUUUUCGUCAUCCAACACGUCCUUUCCGUCACCCUCUUCAUCAUGUCGAUCUGGCCCCAUCUGAAGAUGGGUAUGCCCGACUGCAUCUACUAUGCCUACGCUUCCAUCGCUAUCUGGGUCUUUUCUGUCGUCGUCAGGAUUGCGUGGGAGAGCGUGGAGAUGGCGGGCGUGGGCAAGUGGAAGGGGACGGCGAUGGUGGAAGGUUUCGGAGGCGGGGACGUGCGCGGCAUCGGGGGUGUGACAAAGCUUGUCGUAGAGACCAAGCGAGGUGGAUGGGAUGUGGGGACCUAUGUCUAUCUCCGAGUACCCUCCAUUAACCCCUUCCAAUCCCACCCAUUCACCAUCGCCUCCGCCCCACCUACCGACCCCAAAACACCCUGCCCCCUCACACUCUUGAUCUCCACCCGUUCAGGCAUCACAAAGCGCAUCACCAACGCCGCUGUCAACUAUCCCCACAAGUCUAUCCCUGUCAUCAUCCAAGGACCGUUUGGCGUGCUUGGCGAGCGGUUGGAGAGGUUUGAUAGGAUUUUGGUCAUCUGCGGUGGAGUUGGAGCUGCGUUUGGAUGGCCGAUCGUUAGUAGAUUUGGUAAAGAGGGCAAGGUCAAGAUGGUUUGGAGCGCGAGAAGUCUCGAUUCUCUGAAAUGGUUUGAAGACGAUACGACCGUCAACCGUUCUUCCAUCCAACUCCACCUCACUUCAUCUCCAUCCCAAAUCCCGGAAAAGUCUACCGAAAGCGAUACCGAGAUAGACUGCUACACACCCUUGUCGACUACCGGCGAAGAGAAGCGCCUGCAGUCUUCAUCCGUACCAUCGAAUGUGGAUGUGAGGACGGGGAGAUGUGAUGUUAGAAGUACAGUGAGGGACUAUGCGGAAUGUAUGGGAGAUGGGGAGAAGCUUGCUGUCAUUGUGUGCGGGCCGGUAUCGAUGCUCGCCGAAACUGCCAACGCCGUAUCAUCAUUACAAUGGGAUAUCGUGCUUGGACGGACGGGGUUGGGGGAAGUGUGGAUGCACAAGGAGAGGUUUGGGUGGUAA